UCCACCACACACGAAGCAGACCAAAAUCGUCCGGAUGGGCCUAACACUCACUCUCAUACCAAAAAGUGAAUGGCUCAGGUCCAUUGUCUUGGAAUUAUCUCAUCCUGAGAUCAAUCAACUUUGCAUUUAAUUAUUCCAUCAUGGGGAAGACAGGUAUUCGUACGGCUAACAAGGUCAGCUUUGAUCAGCCGGCUUCUGAGCAACCUGGCCUGCACAACAGAUGGCACCCCGACAUCCCCUUCUCCGGCACAAUCAAGAAUGGCGAGACUGUCAAGAUUGAAUGCGUAGACUGGACCGGUGGCCAGAUUGGCAACAACGACUCGGCGGACGACAUGCUCAACGUCGACCUGACCAAGAUCCACUACCUCAGCGGUCCCUUUGAGGUCGAGGACGCCCAGCCGGGCGACCUGCUCUUGGUGGAGAUCAUGGACGUUCAGCCCUUCGAAGACCAGCCGUGGGGCUUCACCGGUGUGUUUGAUAAGAACAACGGCGGUGGGUUCUUGGAUGAGAUGUAUCCUACCGCCGCAAAAGCAAUCUGGGACUUUGAAGGAAUCUAUUGUUCCUCGCGCCAUAUUCCCGGUGUGAAAUUCGCCGGUCUCAUCCACCCGGGCAUCUUGGGCUGCGCACCCUCCGCCGAGGUCCUCGACACCUGGAACACGCGCGAGGGCGAGCUCAUAGCCGCCAACAAGCUCGACCGCGACGUCGCAAAGCCGCCGGAGCCGAUCAAUGUGCAUGCUGGCGCGGCGGACGCGGCGUUGAAGGAGAAGGUUGGUAAGGAAGGGGCUAGGACGAUUCCUGGGCGGCCUGAGCAUGGCGGGAACUGCGAUAUCAAGAACCUAAGCAGGGGAAGCAAAGUCUACCUCCCAGUCCACGUCCCCGGCGCCAAAUUCAGCGUCGGCGACUUGCACUUCUCCCAGGGCGACGGAGAAAUCUCCUUUUGCGGCGCCAUCGAGAUGGCGGGCGUCAUCACAAUCAACUUCAAAGUCAUCAAGAACGGCGUGGCCGACUUGGACUUGAAGUCGCCCAUCUACAUCCCCGGCCCCGUCGAGCCGCAGUUCGGACCGGGGAGACACAUUUACUUUGAAGGGUUCUCUGUUGAUCAGCACGGGAAGCAGCAUUACAUGGACGUUACUGUUGCCUAUCGCCAGACGUGUCUCCGUGUCAUCGAAUACCUCCGCCGCUUCGGCUACAGCGACUACCAAGUCUACCUCCUUAUGUCCUGCGCCCCCAUCCAGGGCCACGUCGCGGGAAUCGUCGAUAUCCCCAACGCGUGCACGACCAUUGGUCUGCCCAUGGACAUUUUCGACUUUGACAUCUCGCCGGGUGCGGGCAAAGUCGAGAAGCGGGAUUUGGGCAACUGUGUUUUCGCGACGGGUGUUAAGGAGGGGACGGUUACCAAGGGCGGGGCGAAUAGUGAGCAUAGCUAUGGGGGUGGGUUGACUUACAAGGAAUGAGAUGGGGUGCUGUGUCGUUGGGAAUGAGAUGAGAGUAUUUUUGAGCUUUGCCUUUGAUAUGGAGGUGGAAAUUUUGAGUGAUGUUUCUUUUGCCUACAUUUUUUAUGUCUUGUUUCAUCACGAGCGAUUGAGGCAGAGCUGCGAGAUGAGGUUUGAUUGGAGUUGAAUGAAGUUGGGCAAGCGUAGUCACGAGUUAUCGUAG